GGUAUUUAUUUUAGCGCAAAAAAAAAAGGGCAAAAACCUUUGGACCGGCAGGUGCCCGGUUCACCGGUUCUCCGCCCUAGGAUCGAAUGCCCGUCUCCACCGCCGUCCCCCGCCUCGCCGCACUCCUCCGCUCCGCAGGACUCCGGCGCUUCCCCGCUCUCUGCCGCCAGCUCCACGCCCAACUACUUAAGUCCGGCCUCCGCCAUCUCCCCCCCUUCCCCGUCGCCCUCCUCACCGCCUACGCCCACUGCGGCCUCCUCCCCGCCGCCCACAACCUCUUCGACGAAACUCCUCACCGCGAUCCCUUCCUCUACUCCGCCAUCCUCGCGGCUUUCUCCCACUCCGACCGCCCUUCCGAUGCUCUCCCCCUCUUCUGCCAGAUGCUUGCCGUCGACCGUAUCCCUCUCGACGGGUUCAUCCUCGCCACCCUCGUCAAGACCUCUUCUCGCCUUGCCUCCAUUCGCCUGGGCAGGCAAGCCCACGCCCAAUUCCUCUCUUCGCCAUUGCUCUCAGGAGACGAUGUCGUUAAGUCCUCCCUCGUUGACAUGUACUCCCGGUGUGGCGCCCCUGACGACGCCCGCAAGGUCUUCGACACUAUCCUCCACAAGAAUUGCGUCUCCUGGACAGCUAUGGUCUCCGGGUAUGCGUCCAAUGGCCGAAAAGUGGAGGCUUUGGAGCUUUUUCGGCAAAUGCCGGAGAAGAACGUAUUCGUGUGGACUGCUUUGAUUUCAGGGUUCAUACAGAGCGGCGAUAGCUUUGGCUCUGUGAAGUUAUUUGUUGAGAUGAGAAGAGAAGGUGUUCAAAUAGAAGAUUCCUUCAUCCUAUCAAGUAUUAUUGGUGCUUCUUCUCACCUGGCCUCGCUUGAACUUGGCAAGCAGUUACAUUGUCUCGUGGUGGGUCUAGGAUAUGAAUCGAGCAUGAUUGUAGGCAAUUCUCUUGUGGACAUGUAUGCAAAGUGCAGCGAUAUUUACUCGGCUAGAGCUGUAUUUGAGGGAAUCUUAGCACGGGAUAUUGUCUCGUGGACAACUAUGGUCGUCGGAGAGGCUCAGCAUGGGAGAGCUGAGGCUGCACUGACUCUUUUUGAUGAAAUGGUUCUCGCUGGAGUGAAGCCGAAUGAGGUGACGUUUGUUGGGGUGAUCUAUGCUUGUAGCCAUGCAGGUUUGGUCCAGAGAGGGCGUGGACUUUUUGAUUCAAUGACCCGGGACUAUGGAAUGAAGCCCUUGCUGCAACACUAUACUUGUUUGUUGGAUCUUCUUAGUCGGUCGGGGCACCUAUCUGAUGCAGAGGAUGUUAUCAGAACAAUGCCAUAUGAACCUGAUGAAGCUACUUGGGCUGCUCUACUGAGUUCUUGUAAGAAGCAUGGGGACACCCAGAGGAGCAAUAGGAUUGCUGAUCAUUUGUUGGCCUUGAAACCAAGAGACCCUUCAACUUAUAUACUGUUGUCUAAUACAUAUGCCAUUGCUGGGAAGUGGGGGCAUGUGGCUACUGUCAGGAGGUUGAUGGCAAAUAUGGAGAUCAGGAAAGAGCCAGGUUAUAGUUGGGUUGAAUUAGGGAAGGAGAGCUGUUUGUUUCGUGCUGGGGAAGUGCCACAUAAUAUGAGAAAUGAGAUCCUUGAAUUGCUUGAGCGGUUGGUUAUGGAGAUGAAGAAGAGAGGGUAUGUUCCAGAUACCAGUUCCGUUAUGCAUGACGUGGAAGAGCAUGAGAAGGAGCAGCAGUUGUUUUUGCAUAGUGAGAGGCUGGCUGUUGCCUAUGGGAUACUCAAGUCAGUUCCUGGAGCAGUGAUUCGUGUGGUGAAGAACAUUCGUGUUUGCAGUGACUGUCAUACAGUAAUGAAGUUGAUUAGUAGUAUUAUCAGGAAGGAGAUUGUUGUGAGAGAUGCCACCCGUUUUCACCAUUUUGAGGGUGGAAAGUGCUCUUGUGGUGAUUUUUGGUAACCUAAGAAUUCCAUGAUGAAAAAUUAAUUCUAUCCAGACAAAAUAGUAUCAUCAGAAGAUCAGCAUCAACUCAUCAAACAAGUUUUUCAUAAAAGGACAUUAAAUGCAUAAUAACUUAUCAACUGGAAGGUAUGGAUAUCAGAGACACCUUAUAUUGCUUGGAGGCUAUCUGAAAAAUCUUACUCAGCUGAAAUUUGUUCUUUAUUGCAGCUGAACUCCAUAUACCAAAAUACAAUGAUCAGGGAAGAAUUAAUAUAAUCAUUGUUGGUAAGAUGAUUUGUUUCUAGGCCUUCAUAUGUAGCAUGGAAUUCUAGUAGAUGGCCAAUUGACAUUAAAAUUCCUGACCAAAUAGUCUUAUCAUUAAGUCUGAUUGCAUGCAAUGUCCUUGGUAGAAUGAGUAGUGUAUACAUGAACAUUGUUUGAUGAUAGUUCUGGCAUGCAACAAGUGGGCGAGAUGAAAAAUUUUGACCAUAAAUCCCACCCAACUAGUGCAAUGUAUUACAAAAAGGAUAGUUAACUGUUUAAUAAUCAAAUGAUAGGAAUGAGAAACUUGAGUGUCGGUGAUCAUAUGAUGCGCAUGUUGCACUUUAUUUAUUUAUUUUUUGUAAAGCUUUUCUUGAUCUUAAAAGCCUUAAGCAUUUUUUGCAUUUGCUCAGAGGUCAAAAUAUGUGUAAGUGACACUUCUAAAGGGAAUACCAUGCACAAAUCCCUCCUGAUUUUGUAGAUCUUUUUCUGGAGGUUUUUGAGCAUUACUUGCUCUACAAAGGAGAUUUUCUGUGUGGCCAUGUUUUCGAAAGACUUUUGUUGGUUCCUUUCAUUAGGUGUCUGCAGCAACUCUUUCAAACAUAAAGAGGAAAUCAUGAGCAAAGUGAUGCAUAAUAUUGUCACUUGGCCAAUACUAUAGCAGGAGAUGAUUUGUUAUUCUUGUCUUGUUGCAGGCUCACUUUGUGUUAAGUUUGUCCUUGGGAAAGCUUUCUUGUGUAUCUUGAGUUUUUGCAUUGUUCUUUGUUGUCCUUUCCCCCCUCAUUGUUAUUGCUAGUCCUGUACAGUCUUAGUAGUUAACUAGUGCUUUUCAGGAGAUCGGUGAAACUUAUCCUGUUCAUGUCUAUAUACUGUUAGAUCCUAAUUACUUGUCCUUUUUCCUCUUUAUAUUUUUACUAUUUAAUAAUCUUGCUGUUCGUGUAUUCAAAUUUUACUAAACAAAGUGAUCUCUCUAGCAAAUGGGGAUUGAUUUUAUAGAAGCCAACCUUCUAGUCAAUGCAUGAGGCCAUGAUUGGCUCACAAGUCUGUCUUUGUAUGGCUGGAACCGGUUUUCCAUGUAAUCCAAGCUUAUGAUGCCUAUCUUUCAAUGCAAAAUUAUUAUUGAAGAUAGUCAUAGUCAUCAUUCAGCACCUCUUUGUGAAUCGGUCCAGUCUUAUAAGAUUACAUAGGGACAGGAUGACAUUCGUCAUGAAAAGUGGGCAUCACUUUACCCGAUUGUGAGUUUCAGAACAACUUAAAGCAAAUGUCUCUACCAAGAUAUGCCCACAUUACAACCAUUUUGAUUGAUAGCUAUGUUGCAUUGAAUGUUGGCUGCACUCUCAAGAACGCAAUAGCCAACCCUUGAUAAUAUGGCUGAGGAUCAUGCUUGACAGUUAAUGGACAUGUUAAUGCUCGAAUGAUUUGAAUAAAUCUAAUAGUUCAAUGAAUUGAAUUUUAACAUUUAUUAAGUUGGAAAAAUAAAUAUCAGUAACAGCAGUAACAGCAUUCAAAUGGAUUUAAUUUUAGCAUUCAUAACUUUUUACUCUAGUUUAAUGAUAUCUCAUCAUAACAUUUUUAAUUUGUAUUGCAGGGGUAGAUGCCAACAUAGUGAGGAGCAGCAAUACGGUGGAAGCAGAGGCCAUUGUUUCAAGAAUAUGUGCACAAGUACUUGGAAGUUAGAUUCUUUGGAGGAUGUUGAGGAAUGAUAAUUUACUGCUAUAGAUAUUUAAAGGCAGGAGGCUCCAUGGUGUGAUCUUGGUCUGAUGGUGGUUCUAGAUAGAACGUACUAAGAGUGCUUUGUGAUAUUUUCCGUGCAGAUAAAUCCCCUCUAUGCCAUUCAAGGCUAAUAUUAAUAUUUUGAACAAUUACAAAAGGUGAAUGAACUGAAGUUAAUGAAUAAGCUUGACUUGAGGUGUCUAAAUGCUCCAUUUCAUGGUUAUGGGGUUGGGUUAUGAAGUGUGGAUGUGGUCAGGAUCUGCUGAGCUUCCACUUUGGAUUGGUCUCUUCAGUUCAAAAAAGUUGUAGCAGAGUAGGAUUAGAAGCAGCGGUAUGAGUUUGUCUUCCUUUUUGAGAGCUAGGCUUCUGGAGAGUAGGACCUUGCUAGGGUAUGGGGUUCUUUGCUAACCCCUAUUCUUUGGCUGUGAUGGCAACAACUCAAAGACGGAGGAGAAGCCUCAGAACCAUGAUGAUGCCAUCAGAGGGCAACAUGAGAGCAGACAGAUUAGAGAAAUAAGCCUUGAAUGAGCAGCUGACUUGCGAUGUUGCUUUGCGGAUCUGUUAGUGGUGGUUCUGCUUGAGGAAACAGAUAAUGAUCACCUCCCUCAGAGCAGGGAACAAGCAACAUAACAUCAGCUCAUCUAUGGUGCUCGCAUGUCCAUGCAGGCCCUCUGUCGGACAAGAUAUGCCUGUCUGACAUCAGCUUAAGCCUUAUGAGCUUCACGUUCUUGUCAAAUUCAUCCAUAAGGUGGCGAUGCAUGAACCGGAACUGGAUGCUGCUGCUGAGCAGGUUCUCCUGCCUUUCAUCCCUAAAACUCUUGUAGCCAUGACUCUCAUUCUCUUGAGGAAUCAAUCAUGGGGAAUCCUCUCCAAUCUAACCUAAGCGGCUGGCCUUGAUGCCAUGCUCACAGUGGUCAGGCCUCAGAUGAACAACGCCAGCGAGUACAUGCUGGAGGCAGCUGCCAAGUCCUUCCAAGUUUGUCACCUGGGUGUCAAGAUGGUGGAGGAGAUCAACGUUGUCGUGGGAUGUACUGUUGGUCUUGGCCAAAAGGAAACUAUGGUGAUGAGGAUCAUUGCCAUCUUGCAGUGCUUGCCUGAAGCUGCCUCUCUUUGUGGCUUGGAUAUUUUUAAAUCAGUGUCGGAAGCUGUGCACAAUUUGCCUGCACCAUCGGUCUGAAGCUGUGCCGGGAGCUUGUGUCUUCAGUGCCACAUUGCAGCAUCGGUAUGGGAGUUGCGUCACGUUGCUUCAUGUCCAUUGUUAGCAUGUGAUGAAGAAUCAGGGGUAUCAUUUGCAAGUCUCAAGCAGUCUGUGAGCUAGGAAUGUCACGAGGGCUGCAGCACUCUAAAGCUUCCUUUUCUAAAGAAUAUGUGGGGUAGGAGGUUGAAAUUGGAGCACAGUCGUCCCAAUCUGAUAAGAAAGCUACUGCUGCAAUUGCCCGAAAGUUGUAGUAGAAAGAGAUUUUUCAGGAUUAUAAUGAGAUACAUAGGAGGUUGAUAAUUGGAACAAUGGAAAAGGUGAUUUCCAGGACAGAUUCCAUGUGUUGGUGGUGCCCCUUUAGAAGAGGUUCUCAUGGUCAUGGAAUCCAUGUUUUCAUCUUUGUUUUAGGUGGGCAAUGUGCUGAAAAAUCUGAAGAGUAAACUAAGGGAUAUAAUAUCAAGCCUGCGCUUAUGUUUUGCAGUGACCUUAAGUGUGUUUAUGAUCUGCAAUGGAGGGUCACAAUCUUUUAUAUAUGCACAAGCAACGAAACUAUACAGGAUUCUGCUCAUGCCUCUUCAGUUUGCAUUACAAAUGAAGUGUGCAUCCAUUCAUGUGUGCAUGGAAAUUAGGUGAAUUAGAUCUCUCAGUGUAAAUUUUAUUACAAUAAUGGUGUUGUGUCUCAUGCUUGAUGGGCUCCG